CUGAUUCAGCUCAUGUCUCUUGUCUGAGAAAGUGAAACAGCCUCUCUUAUUUCCGAACUCUCAAUCUCUUUUCCUCUCAAAAAUCAUAUCCAUCUUUUGACCCUACAUUGGCUUCAAAAUUCUAUCUCAAAUGUCAUUACCCCCCACUCAUAAAAAUCACUACCCUCCCAUCAUAUCAAUCACAUCUUUCUCUCUCUCAAUGAAACUGCUCACUUCUAAAGCAACUGCUGCUGCUUACCCUACCAUCCCUCCCACAAUGUUUUGCAAUUUCUCUUCCCUUUCAGCUUCACUUCCCACUCUGUUUCUUCUUCUACUUCCCUCCUCUCUCUCUCCUUUUCCUUCUGUCUCCAUCAUCCAUGCAGCAACCAACGGCAUGCUUCAGUCGGAGGCUGAGAUCCUAUUCAGGAUUAUGGACUCGUUGUCUGCUGAUCAAUCCUUGAGAACUUCUUACCCCAACCCUUGUAAGCCUGGCUCUGUUUGGCCUGGAAUUGAGUGCCGAUUAGGACCUGAUAGCUACCUCCAUGUCUCCAGGCUUGAUUUUGGUGUUCCUCCAAACCCAACAUGCAAGACCACAGCUACAUUUCCUAAUCAAAUCUUUGCUCUUCCUUAUCUUCAAUCUGUUUUCUUCUUCAACUGUUUCACUCACACUAAAACCCUUCUCUCUGUUCCACCAAAUAUACUGCCAAAUCCUUCGCUUCAACAGCUCAGUCUUAGAUCAAACUCAGCGCUUGUUGGUCCAAUCCCAUCUCAGAUUUCCUUCCUGAAGUCAUUGCAAGUCCUCACGUUGUCACAAAAUCGCCUUUCUGGGCCUAUUCCUUUUGAAAUUCUUAGGUUGAGCUCUCUGGUACACCUUGAUUUGAGCUAUAAUAUUCUCACAGGUCCUAUACCAAUUGAAUUGGGCAAUCUUAGAAACCUAAUGGGCCUUGAUCUAAGUUAUAAUUCGCUUACUGGCACAAUUCCAGGCGCGAUUGGCCAACUGGGUAUGCUUCAAAAACUUGAUUUGAGUUCAAAUUCACUCAGUGGUCGUAUUCCUGAUACUAUAGAGAAGCUCAGUUCAUUGGCUUUCAUGGCUUUGAGUAACAACAGAUUCAGCGGAAAUAUUCCAGCUGGAUUGUCAAAGUUACAGAGCUUGCAGUACUUUAUAAUGGAUGACAAUCCAAUGAAUAUUCCUUUGCCAGUGGAGUUUGGUAAGCUACUGAAAUUACAAGAGCUAAGGCUUGCCAAUUCAGGGUAUACAGGCAAUAUUCCGCCCAGCUUUUCACUGCUGAUGAAUCUAACCACUCUGUCCCUUCAGAACAACAGAUUGACAGGUGAAAUUCCAACAGGUUUUGCCAGUCUCUCUCACAUUUAUCACUUAAAUCUUAGCAGAAACUUGUUGGGGGGAGUUGUGCCUUUCGAUUCAAGUUUCUUGAAGAGGCUAGGAAGGAAUUUGGACCUAAGUAGUAACCCAGAACUAUGUUUGAGUCCAACUGAAGCAUAUAAUGUCAAGAUUGGAAUUGGAGUUGGUAUCUGCGGCACCACCAAGAAUAGCUCUUUAAUUAAGAAAUCUCAAGCUUCUCAUGGAUUCUCCAAACCAUUCUUUAUAUUUGGUGGUCUGCUUGUUCUUGGAUUGCAACCAAUAAUGGUUUUGUGUUUUUAGUAUGAUAUUAAUCACUUGCCUGAACUAAAAUUGCUGGUUUUGUUUUGUUAUAUUUUAUUUUCUGGUAGUUCUUGUAAAAAUUAGCAAUGGCAUCUGAUCUGAUAAAAUUUGAUAAAGGCUUUCAAGGUUUUGUUUGCA